CCAAACUUCAAUCUGGGUUACAUUUCUAUAUUCCAACUUGGUGAUAACUUAACACCUAGAGGAGUAUUAAAAAAUUAACUUUAUGCUGCGUAUUUUUGUAAGAUUUUCCAGUUUUCAUUAAACUAAAGAUGGACCUAGACAGACCAGCUUCCCGAAGUGGUUUACAUGAUCAACGUCCAGUUACCAGAUGGCGUAGAGAUGAAAGGCCACCUUCCAGGAGUGGAGUUGCGACAGAGGAUACGUCUAGGUAUAUGGGAGAGGACAGACCGACAUCAAGAAGAGGGGCAAAGCCUGAACCAGGGUUUCAUGGAGACCGGCCAAUGACUCAGAGAAGUAUGAUGAUGCGGCCACCAUCAGCAUCAGCAUUCAGUAGUCGUAUGACAGGAACAUCAUCUCGUCUGUCAUCUGCGCUGAUGACCACACCUCACACUGGAAUGGGCAUUCUACCUGCACAAUCUAGCUUGAGAGAGCGAGAUCGCCUGGUGUCUCAACAGGGAGUGAGUGGGCUGAGAACAGGCACGUCGCGCGGCCCAGCCUCUCGGCAAGUGCAAGACAAGCGAUACUUUGAGUCACUUCUGCACCUGAAAACACGAGAACUGGCCAACGAGGUAACUCGCCUACGCAGACAGAUUGAGAGCGACUCCAGAGAUCAGGCGACAUACUUAGUGUACGAUAAGCGAGUCAAGGAGAUGGCUGCUGAACUCACUGAUUUGCAGGGACAGUUGUCGGAUUACAACUUGUUGGUGGACAAGAUCAACACAGGUACGGAGCGUGGAGAGAUCGUAGCCGAGACUCGGGAACUAGCAGCGGCCAAUCAGACAGAGGCUGCGGCGCUAGAGGCAGUGUUCACCGACCGUACCAGACGACAGACACAGGUGCAUCAGCUGGAGCAGGAGAUACAACAGGAGAGACAAGUAGCAGAGAAGCUAGUAGCAGGGAUGACCGGCGAGAUGUUGGAACAGUAUCAGUCACUGAGGCAGGACAAUGAAAGACUUACACACCAGAUGGAGUUGUUGCAGGGACAGCUAGAUGCACUCACAGCAUCUCGUACGGGGCUUCAGGACCAAAUCAGCUUGUCAUCAGUGAAGCAGGAGGCUGUUAGGUUGUAUGUGACACUAGCUGAGCUGGAGAGUCGUCGGGACACACUGCUAGAGGAGGAGAGGAACAGACUGAGCCCAGCGGAGGAGAGAGAUCGUCUGCUGUCUCGUGUCAGACAAGACAAUGCAGAGAUAGCCUCGAUGGAGCGAGCCAGCGCAGAACUGAAGGAACAGAUACGCCAAGCUGAGCUUAAUUUGCAACAGGUUAACGAGGAGUUGACGGAAUCGCAGAGUGAACGCCAUUCCAAAUACUUGGAACUGCGCAAACGCGAGGAGACCAUGGAGGAGUUCUUGGCAACCUGGGAAGCGACCAAGGAGGCGGAGGCUGCGAGGUUGGAGGAACUGGAGGGUGACGUGGUGGCGACACUGGCAGCCAUCAGUCGUAGGUUGGCAUCACUGCCGAGCCCAGCUGACUACCUGGCACUGGAGCAGGACCUGGCCAGUGGCAGCAGGACUCUGGACUCUCUCACUGCUGAUCAUGCUCAGCUUGCGUUGUACUUGAACAAGGUAGAGGUGAUGGAGGAUAAGGUCAAGGCACAGUUGGCAGCCCUGACAGAAAACUUGCAGAGGAUGCAGGAUGAGAUGGUGCGAUUGGCAGACCUGGAUGGACUAAGAGCGAGAGCUGAAGCUCGGAGACUGGAGCUAAACGAGGAACGAGACACUCUACUGGAGUCUAGAGGCAGCACGAUACAAGCUCUGCAUGCUGCCAGAGAGAAACAAACUUCAUUGGAAAAGCAGCUCGCUGACAACGAGACCCACACCCAGCUGAACAAUAUGGAGCGUAAGCUCGCUACGUUGGAGCAGAAUAACUUCUCCAUGAGGGAAUUUAUCGCGUCUCGGUCAGCGGAAUCAGACUACGAAGGAGUUAGAGGCAAUGUACUCGGACUGGUGAAGGACUUGAACUUAUCUCUGAGGGAGUCGUACAAAAAACAGUCCUAGACAAUUCUUGGCUUUAAUUAUGUUCAGUCUUAAAGUGGAUUGACACCUAAUCAUUUUUUAGUUAAAAAAUACAUAACUCUUUUCUAAAGUUAUAUUUGUUGAUACCGAUCUUCUCAACUGUUUUGCUAAACUAAUUUUGUAGAAAAUUACUACUUGUACUUGUAGC